CGAUAAAUAUUUAAUCAGAGACAUAAAUAAUUCUGGACAACGUUUUGACUCUACGUAAAUGCGCCAACGGCCAGUCCCUUUCUGCGUUGUUCUUUGCGGUUAUUGUGAAUGGAGUGACCGACUUGAAGGAGGCUGAGAAUAGCAGAUCCUGGUCGAUCCACCCAGUUUUCCGCUGCCGUCGCUGCGAUGCCGACACGGAUGGAGGGAUGAGCAGCAGCCCAGACUGUUGCGGUAUGUAUGUGGAUCAAAUCGGGCUCUUUGAGGACUGCGAUGCAUACUUAAAGCGCACAGCUCUUCCCCCAGGGGUUAUGGUAACCUGUGAUCGAGGCGUCUACAAGCUGAUCGAUGGGCAGGUUGAGCUUAAAACUUAUUUGAUAACGGAGAAAAUGUACACACGCAAUGCGUGCUUCAUAACGUCUGAAGGUCUGAAGGCAGCCUUGGAAUUUCCUGGAGUGCAUCGGCUUUACUCGGAAUCAAGCUCUAGAUAUAUAUUGCAAGUAACAUAGUAGUAGAACAUAUAAGAGCGAGCGACAAAGUGCUAUACCUGCUUUUGUAUGAUACUUUUAAUCUCUGGUAUAUGUAUGAGAAACGUUCUAUUUGUGCUCCCUCAAAGGCGUGUUGAUGGGGGGAAGGUCGAUACUCUAAGUGCAUGGCUGCUCUCCGAGUCGUUGGUUCUGUUUACGCACAGCGUCAAUAACUUUCGCCUGGCGUCUGAAAUGGUCAACAAAGCCACUUAUCGCACAAGCCUAAGCAGCUACGUACAGAACACCUUUAAAAAGAUCUUCAAGGAAGCCAAGGCCAUGGAGUCGUCCACUCAAGGCAGGCUGGACCUCCUACGCAGCGUCACUGGGGUACCCACAAAAAAGGAGAUCAAAAAACUAUUGAAAACUAGUGGAGUUGGUGGCCGCAUUUCGGGUGAACCGAAACUACCCGCUGAACCUACUAAGGUGCCACCAAAUCUGCUGCAGAUCCGUUCAAUCAACAUUAAUGGUCAGGACAUCAAAUUGGCCGACUACGGAGAAGUUAUCAUUGCUAACAUCUCAAGCGCUGAGAGCUUCGAGGAUCUAAUCACUAGUAUGGCCGAGCACUCUGAAUGACGCAGACCUUUGUGGAAAGCACCAAAAAGGAGUUUUGGCUGAAGUACCUCCUACCCACGGAAUCGGUGCUCUAUCAGAUCAUUCGACAAACACUGAAACUCCAUGCGAGCUUGGACCACAAAGAAGUCUCGGAG